CUCAGUGUUCAUUUCUCUUGUUUUUCCUUUAAUCCUUGAAAACACUGAGAAAACAAAAUUCAAACGCAAUCACAUUCUCUCUUUUGUUCAAUUAAUUAAUAAUCGCUUACACGCAAUACUUUCGCUGUUUGGUUUCUCUUUUCCCUAAUAAGAAGCCAUACAUACAAUAGAUACCUUCUCCAAAGUAACAAAGUAAAGGGAAAGAAGAGAGAGAGAGAGAGAGAAGAAAGAAAAUGCCAGGCGAUAGAAAGAUCGGUGUGGCCAUGGAUUUUUCGCCCAGCAGCAAGAAAGCUCUAAAAUGGGCCAUCGAUAACUUGGCUGAUAGAAAAGAUACUCUUUACCUAAUCCAUGUCAAUCCAAAUUCUCUUGACGAGUCUCACCAACUCUGGGCCAAGUCUGGUUCUCCUCUUAUUCCAUUGGCUCAGUUUAGAGAGCCGGAGACUCUGAAAAGUUAUGAUGUGAAGAUUGAUAUCGAUGUUCUUGAUAUGCUCGACACUAUUUCCAGGCAGAAAGAGGUAAAUGUAAUUACAAAAUUGUACUGGGGAGGAGACGCCAGAGAUAAGCUGCUGGAUGCAAUUGAUGAUCUGAAACUCGACUCUUUGGUUAUGGGGAGCAGAGGACUUGGCACUGUUAAAAGGAUACUGCUGGGAAGCGUAAGCACAUUUGUGAUGACACAUGCAACAUGCCCUGUGACGGUUGUGAAGGAUCUAGACAACCAAAACUGAGAACAAUUUUCUGAAAUGGGGUUCAUAUAUUUUUAUUAAUUUUGUACUUCCAUGAUGGAGAUGUAUUUGUUAUUAGACUUCCUUCUUUUAUCUCUAAUAUUUAAAAUAAAAUGUGUUUCUAGAACAAAAUAGAAUUAAUAUAUCAUCUUUUAUUGCUUGA